AUGGCGCGUAGUGAUGUAGGAAUUGCCGGUGAAACCGGAAGGCCCGAUUCGGUGCCAUAUCAAGGAAUAAGAACUGAAAUAGUAAAUCGUCUUCUUCUGGGAGGUCAGUGUCCAUCAUGGUUCGAAACAAUUUCGUUUCAGGUUGAGUUUCACACACCCAAGCUUAAGGCAUACACCUUUGAAUUGAAACCCUAUACUACUAAACAAAUCGCUAACGUCUCAUUUGAAAUUACUUCAUUCACAUUUACACCAAUCUCACUACUCAACCAACGAUUCUUCACAAACAAUAACUCAACAGCCUACGUACCACCAGAUACGGAAUUCAGUUACGCGUGCAGUUCAGAUCCACGUCAUAAUGACAUGAUCCAUGACCAGACCAAACAUGCAACUGCAAUCCUGCAGAAGACACUGUCAACUGCUAUUAAUACAUUUCCCUUACCAAUACCGCAAGGACUCAUAUCCACACAAGGACACAAUAACAUACCUACUAUUACUACACGAGCAGUAUCCGUACAAUUAAUGAUUACAUUCAAUCACACCAUAAAAGAAAUCACGCAAGAAAUCCAAAAUUUUCAGUGUAGCAUACUACCCCAACGACUAUUCGGAUGUUAUAACUGUGUCAAGGGUUCAGUAGCAACGCUCUUC